ACCCGCUUAACGGAUACCAGGGUGAGUAAGAGAGCUGUUUUCAAGUUUGUCUUCAAAGCGAAUGUGGACAUAAGUAAUCCAGGAAUAAUGCCACGCCAUCAGAAUUUAAUAUUCUUCAUUCUUGUGUUCUUUGGCAUGCUAUUCAGUGGAACAAUAUGGCUAAAGGAACAAAGUGAGGAAAUUAAGCAUGGCUGGCGAGGGCUUGGAGGAUCUCCGCCAACUGGGAGGACUCUACGGGAUGACCUCCAUCCAUCUUCGACCCAAACUUCAAUCCCGGGUUUUGGCACCAGUGUAAAAGAUGAAGCGAGAAGCAGUUUUUCCAUCUUAAGGGUCCUGUACCUGUGGUACGCCUCCAAACAGGACAGACAACAACAGCAGCAGCAACAACAACAAAUAACUGAACCAACUAUUGUCAAGACAGAGGAGAAGCAUAAGAACUUGGGAUUGCGCUCAUCACCAGGGUUUUUGUACAAUCAGCCCAGUCUUCUGGUGGGUCGGACAGAUGUUGUUACUUUGACACCAUGGUUGGCCCCAAUUAUUUGGGAGGGAACUUUUGAUCCCACGCUGAUGGACUCUCUGUACAAACAACAAAACAUCACCAUAGCAACCACAGUUUUCGCUUUGGGAAAAUAUACACGUUUUCUCAAAGAUUUUCUGGAGUCAGCGGAGCAACAUUAUUUUGUCGGAUUUAGAGUACAUUAUUACUUGUUUACAGAUCAACCAGAUGCAGUUCCUGAAGUAAAGCUAGGUGACCAACAUCGUCUGACGGUACGGAAGGUUCCGAGUUUGAACAGGUGGCAGGACAUCAGUAUGGGCAGAAUGGAAAUAUUGGAAAAACUAAUUGAGAGCGAACUGGCCAAUGAGGCUGACUACAUUUUCUGCCUUGAUGUGGAUACAAAGUUCAACAGCCGCUGGGGUGUGGAGACUUUAGGUCAAGCAGUAGCUGUGAUACACCCUUGGUUCUAUGAUUACCCACGGGAUCAAUUCACAUAUGAACGCAGACCAGAGUCACAAGCGUUUAUUCCAGCUGGGGAAGGUGAUUAUUAUUACACAGCUGCUGCGUUUGGAGGCUUUCUGAAUGAAGUACAUGAACUCACCAAAACCUGCCGUGAACAGCAGGGUAUUGAUGCUGCAAAGUCCAUUGAGGCAAUAUGGCAUGAUGAAUCUCACUUGAACAAGUACUUCCUUUAUAAAAAACCCAGUAAGUUGCUCUCACCUGAAUAUCUGUGGCGGGACAUCAAUGCCAGAACUAACCAAGUGAGAGUUAUUCGCUUCUCUCAUGUCUCUAAAAAUAAUGCAGAAGUUCGCCCAAAUUAAUAGCAACUGUUGCCCAUGGCUGUAUUCAACCACAUGGACAUACAGGGACCUCACAGCCCUCCACAAAUAUAUUGUGAAUCUUAGAAAUGUCAGCAGGUUAAACUGAUAACAGGGAAGCCACAAAAAUACUUAGAAACACAUAGACAUGUACAGGCAUUCAUGGGGACAAUGGUGUUAUAUAUUAUCUGCUUUUAGUAGACAAAAAUGGCCAACUUGUUAUGUAAUUUUUUCUCUGUACAUAUUUCUCUGUUAAUUGUGCAACAAAACACAAACUGAAUGUCUUCCUCUUUGUUUUUAUUCAUUUGAUUUAGCUUGGAUUUGGAGGCUCUGAAACACCUCUCUCUAGAGGCGUCAUACCCAAGAAGAAUUUAGGUAAUUCCGAAGCUUUCUAAUAAAUUAAAUAAUUUAGUGGCAUUCUUCUUCUUAAUACAUCUCAAUGAACUAAAAACAAAUGUAUUUCAUUAAAAAAAUAUUGAAAACAGAUUGGGUCUUUAUACCUUUAGCUUUAUGUAUAAAAAAAAUGAGCCAGCCCAGGAUAAUUAUGCAAUUAAUUUUAUUCAAACACACUCUCACAGCGAAAUCGUCAGGAUUCGUAUGACUUUUCUAAAUUUGGAUAAUUCGUAUG